AUGGGUUGCGGAAUGAGCACGGAGGACAAGGAGGGCAAGGCCCGCAAUGAGGAAAUCGAGAAUCAGCUGAAGAGGGAUAAGAUGAUGCAGCGCAACGAGAUCAAGAUGCUUCUUCUGGGUGCUGGUGAAUCCGGAAAGUCGACAAUUCUGAAACAGAUGAAGCUGAUUCACGAGGGCGGCUACUCACGCGAUGAACGGGAAUCCUUCAAGGAGAUUAUCUUCAGCAACACGGUGCAAUCCAUGCGUGUCAUCCUCGAGGCAAUGGAGUCCUUGGAGCUGCCCCUUGAGGACCAGCGCAUGGAGUACCACGUCCAAACCAUCUUCAUGCAGCCCGCCCAGAUCGAGGGCGAUGUUCUGCCUCCUGAAGUUGGAAGCGCGAUUGAGGCGCUGUGGAAGGAUCGAGGUGUGCAAGAGUGCUUCAAGCGCUCUCGCGAAUACCAGCUCAACGAUUCAGCAAGAUACUAUUUCGAUAAUAUCGCGCGUAUCGCCGCUCCUGACUACAUGCCCAACGACCAGGAUGUCCUCCGAUCGCGUGUCAAGACAACGGGUAUCACGGAAACCACAUUCAUCAUUGGCGACCUGACCUACAGAAUGUUCGAUGUCGGUGGUCAACGAUCUGAGCGAAAGAAGUGGAUUCACUGCUUCGAAAACGUCACUACCAUUCUCUUCCUGGUCGCCAUUUCCGAGUACGACCAGCUGCUAUUCGAGGACGAGACUGUCAACCGUAUGCAGGAGGCCUUGACUCUCUUCGACUCCAUCUGCAACUCAAGAUGGUUCAUCAAGACGUCUAUCAUCCUCUUCUUGAACAAGAUCGAUCGUUUCAAGGAGAAGCUCCCCGUCAGCCCGAUGAAGAACUACUUCCCCGAUUACGAAGGCGGAGAUGACUAUGCUGCUGCGUGCGACUACAUUCUCAACCGAUUCGUCAGCUUGAACCAGCAUGAGACUAAGCAAAUCUACACGCACUUCACCUGCGCGACAGACACAACUCAGAUCCGCUUCGUCAUGGCGGCAGUGAAUGACAUCAUCAUUCAAGAGAACCUGCGGUUGUGCGGUCUGAUUUGA